GGAAAGUUUGGCAAAGGAAUAGUAAUCCCGAUCAGCUGGGAGUGAAUGUUUUGGUGACGCACGUGGGGAGCGGCGAGGCGCGAGAUGAGUGAGUUCAGUCUGCGGCGCCAGGCCCGGCUGCGGCGGGAGUACCUCUACCGCAAGAGUAUCCAGGACCGCCAUGCCGCCAUCCAGCAGAGGAAGGACAAGGUCAAGGCCUCCAUGAAAGAGGGCAAGGAGAUUCCCACGGCCCUGCAGGAGAAGGCCUUGGCCCUCAUGGCAGCAGGGGACUGGGAUGACCCUGGACCACAGCUGGCAGUGGAGCUUGGUGGGGAGGCUGCCGGGGGACCCACCAACAUUGAUGAUGAGUACAGGUGGGCAGGUGUUGAGGACCCCAAGAUUGUUAUCACCACCUCCAGGGAUCCGUCUUCUAAGCUGAAGCAGUUUGCCAAGGAGAUGAAGCUGCUGUUUCCAAACUCUCAGCGCAUUAAUCGUGGUAACUAUGACAACAAGCAGCUGAUGGCGGCGUGUCGCUCCAAUGACGUGACAGACUUCAUUGUGGUUCAUGAGACGAGAGGCAACCCUGAUGCCUUGGUAGUGAGUCACCUGCCCAAUGGCCCCACUGCCUAUUUCACCCUGGCAGACGUGGUGAUGCGGCAUGACAUCCCUGGCCUGGGCACCAUGUCUGAGCAGUUCCCUCACCUCGUCUUCCACAACUUCAAGUCGCCUCUUGGGGAGCGGAUUCGCAACAUCCUCAAGUACCUGUUCCCGGUACCGAAGGACACCAGCCAGCGGGUUGUGUCCUUUGUCAACUGGGAUGACUGGAUCCUCUUCCGCCAGCACACCUUCAAGAAAGUCAAUGAAGGCAAGGACCAUGAGCUGACAGAGAUCGGCCCGCGCUUCAGCAUGAAAUUGUACCGCAUCAUCAUGGGCACGAUGGACCAGGAUGGGGCGGCAGAUGUGGAGUUUGUGCUGCGGCCGUACAUGAACACAGCAAGGAAGCGAAGGUUUAUGUCUGAGGAGGACCCUUGGUGAACCCUGUAUGGCUGGUGGGCUGACUGUCUGACUGGCUGACUGCUGACUCAUGGACUAAAGGACUGGCUGGCUGGUGGGGUGACUGGUUGACCCAUGGACUGAAGGACUGUCUGGGUUGUUGGUUAAUUAGUUGACUGGUUGACUGAGUGAUCUGUUAACUCAGGAUGGUCCAAUUUCUUUGACAUCUUGGGCCACUUCACCACUAAACGAUUACAUUGAGGGCCACUAAUAUAUAUAUAUAUAUAUAUAUAUAUAUAUAUAUAUAUAUAUAUAUAUAUAUAUAUAUAUAUAUAUAUAUAUAUAUAUAUAUAUAUAUUGUGUGUGUGUGUGUGUGUGUGUGUAUGUAUUCCUAGUACUAUUUUAUAUACAGACACAGAAACUUUGUCUGUGUUUUUCAUGUACAAAAUAAGUUUAUAAUACAAGCAGUUGUGGGCCACAAUCAACUGGGCCUGUAGUUGGACCACCCUGGGUAAAUUCAUGGUCUGAAGAACUGGCUGGCUGGUGGGCUGAAUCACUGAAUACCUGCCUGCCUGCCUGCCUGCCUGCUUGCUUAGGUCACUGUUGACCAAAUAAAUGGCUGAUUGAAUACCUCACUGGCUGUUAGGAUGACUGACUGGGUGAUGGCUGUCUACUGGCUGACUGACUCACUGAUUGAUGGGUUGACUGACUGAUUGGGUGGUGGGUUGGCUGACUCAUAGUGUGGAUGAUGGACUGGCUUGGGAACUUGUUGACUUAACUGACUGACUCACUCACUCACUGGCAAGCUGGUGGACUGACUGACUGACUGACUGUUAAAUCUCUGAUAGCUGUAACGUUGGUCUUGUUUUAGAGAUUGUGACACUGCUGUGUGGCCCUGGCACUGUCAUGUGGCCCUAACACUGUUGUGUGGCCCUGGCACUGUCAUGUGGGCCUAACUGCUGUGUGGCCCUGGCACUGUCAUGUGGCCCUAACACUGUUGUGUGGCCCUGGCACUGUCAUGUGGGCCUAACUGCUGUGUGGCCCUGGCACUGUCAUGUGGCCCUAACAUUGCUGUGUGGCCCUGGCACUGUCAUAUGGGCCUAACUGCUGUGUGGCUCUGGCACUGUCAUGUGGCCCUAACAUUGCUGUGUGGCCCUGGCACUGCUGUGUGGCUCUGGUGCUGUCAUGUGGCCCUGACACUGUUGUGUGGCCCUGGCACUGCUGUGUGGCCCUGGUGCUGUCAUGUGGCCCUGGCACUGCUGUGUGGCUCUGGUGCUGUCAUGUGGCCCUGGCACUGUUGUGUGGCCCUGGUGCUGUCAUGUGGUCCUGACACUGCUGUGUGGUCCUGGCACUGCUGUGUGGCCUUGACACUGCUUUGUGUCCCAGACACUGCAGUGUGGCCCUGGCAGUGUUAUGCUGGCCACACACGUGAUGGAAUUAAGAUUCAUGUUGUUUGUCUAUUAGUGUUUGGAGAAUAGUGAUGGCGUAUCACUGGCCUGUGUUCCUGACACUGGACACAGACUCAGCCAGACAGCCUUUUGUGGAGCAGAAUGAGUGUACCUCAGUUUUCAAGAAGACUUUCUGAGAGAGUUGUUUAUUUUAGACGUCCAUGUAUUAACAUGUGUUAUAUCUGUACUAUGUUCUGUGUGUGUGUGUAUAAUAUAUAUAUAUAUAUAUAUAUAUAUAUAUAUAUAUAUAUAUAUAUAUAUAUAUAUAUAUAUAUAUAUAUAUAUAUAUAUAUAUAUAACGAUUACAGUAUUGAUCAUCCUUUUGCGUAAUGCCCUUCACAUUUAAUUAUUUAGUGGUGUGUUUUGUACUGGUGUGUGUGUGUGUGUGUGUGUGUGUGUGUAGCCCAGCUAAUAUUGAUUAAUUUUCUGUUGACUGGCGUCCACUCUCUGUACAUGUUUGUCGAAAUAUAUCUAUACAGAAGAGAUUAUGUUUGGAAAAUUACGCCUAUUAAACUUCUUAUCGAGGUAAUUACGGGAAAUUAAUGAUAAGAUACACCACAACCAAGAUUACGAUUAGACCACAAACCAGCAUAUCAUAACUAACAAUUAUGAUACUGACUAUUCGGAAAAUAGAACUAAAGUAAACAAGAA